GGUCAUUCUCUGCUCUGGGUGGCUAUUAUUAGGAAACGUCAUAUCAGGAUAGCAUGAUUGGGUGAGGUGGAGGCGGGCCUCGUCAGUACACCCUCCGUCAUUCGAUAAUAGUCAACAGCACUGGAUGUGGAGGGUAUAGGUGCGUGUGUGCUCAGUGCUGAUGGUGGUGAUCCCUGGACUUUACCGCUGGGGCAGCCGCCACUACUGCAGUCACUGAGAGAUGAUCAGUGUGACCGACACUCAGAGCGCUAAUCUCGAUCAUCCCUAAUUUUUUAAGUUCAGUAAGAACGAAGAUGUUCUUGUUCUGUUCUUGUUCCUGUGCCUGUGCCUGUCUAACCGACAAGAGUAUAUCCGUGGAAUCCCAUCAGUUAUUGCCAAGGUACAAAAAAAAAUCUGAUGUCGGGCCAGCAAAUGGGGCGAACAUUGGUCGUUGUGUUUCGGCACAACCAGGGUUUUCUUUUUUUCUUUUUUCUUUUUUCUUUUUUCUUUUUUCUCUCUUACCAUUUGCCUUCGCGCAGAUUCUAUGGUUGGAACCAGGCGCGGCUCGGUGGAGAUCCGAAACCAUCUGGACUUUGCUUAUAAACACUGUGAGUGGGCAUGUCGCGGAUCCCAUCCCCACUUCGAUGGCCCACGUACCCUCCAGCGAGUCGCCAGAUCCUGUUAUUGUGUUAUCUCGGCGGACAAUUCGCAGUCAGAGGGCAAGGACCCUGUCCCAUGCCUCACACCUGGCCAAUGGGCAUUUCACGGCGCCAUGCCUUGUCCUGCCGACCCCGGUUCGGCUGCAUCGCCACUGGCCCCGUCGGGAUAUCGGACAACACUUCAUCUAGGGUUUCUAACUGGGCGGCCAGUCUGGCCGUUAUCAGCCCAAGAAAACGCCUCAUAAAUCGCAUACAGUGUCAGACGUCAUGGAACCUAUCAGAGUGUUUCGGUCUGCUUCGGGAUUGC